GCUCCCUAUACCUGCAGCAUCCACAUCAGAACUGGAGGAAGUACAAGACAGCAAAUAUCUCAAAGAAGAAAGUUUUACCUGUCUAUCAGACAAUGGUGAUUAAAGAAGAGGUUCCUGGUGAUUGGAGCUCCAAUUUGGACCAACAAAAUCCACAAUCCCCCUGCAUAAAGAAGGAAGAAGAAGAACUGUGGAUCAGUAAGGAGGAAGAGCAGCUUUCUGUGAAGACUGAAAAUGAAGAGAAGCCUCUGUUAUCAGAGCUUCAUCAGAUUGAAACUGAAUAUUAUAGAGAGACAGAAGCUCCAACCAGCAGCUUAGCUGAACAAAUGGAAAUACAAUCUGAAGAAGAGGACUGCAUAAGACCAGAAUCAGACAAGAAUCCAGAAUGUUCCUCUGGAGAAAAUAAAAUAACAGUUCACAAAAGAGGUAAACGAUUCAAACUGUGUUCCAAAUCUAUGGCUCAGAUUGAAAUCCAUGGUGGAGAGAAGCCAUUUGGUUGCAGUAUAUGUGGCAAAAGAUUUAAAAGUAAGAAUCAUGUUAGAUUACACAUCAUGACUCACACUGGAAACGGAGAACAUAGCUGUGAUCUAUGUGGUAAAGGAUUUUUAGUGAAGGGUCAUCUUCACACUCACAUGAGACUCCACACUGGAGAAAGACCAUUUGCCUGCGACGACUGUGGUAAACAAUUUCGAGCAAAGACAAAUCUUAAAACUCAUAUGAAGGUCCAUUCUAGAGACAAGCCCUUUUCUUGUGAUGUUUGUGGAACAAAAUUUAAGAGAAAAGAAACACUUACGAAACACAUUUGGAUCCACUCCACAGAAAAACCCUUUAUCUGUAAUGUUUGCAAAAGAGGAUUUUCACGACAAAAGAGUCUAAAAAGUCACAUGUAUCUUCACACAGGAGAGAAACCGUUUAUUUGUAGUAUUUGUAGUAAAGGAUUUGCAGUACAGGAGAAUCUAAAGAGUCACAUGUGCGUUCACACUGGUGAGAAACCAUUUAUUUGUGGUGUUUGCAGUAAAGGAUUUCGUCGACAUGGAGAUCUAAAGAGACACAUGCGUGUUCAUACAGGAGAGAAGCCGUUUAUUUGUACAGUCUGCAGUAAAGGAUUUUCACAACAAAUUCAUUUAAAGAGCCAUAUGCUCGUUCACACUGGGGAGAAACUAUUUAUUUGUAGUUUUUGCAGUAAAGGAUUUUCACAACCAGAAACUUUAAGGAGACAUAUGCGUGUUCAUACAGGAGAGAAAGAGUUUAUUUGUAAUAUUUGUAGUAAAGGAUUUUCACUAAAACAACAUCUUAAAAACCACAUGGAGGUUCACACUGCACCAUUUAGCUGUAGUGAUUGUGGAAAACGAUUUGUUAGGGAAAUCCAGUUGCAGCGACAUGUGAGACUCCACUCAGAUGAGAGACCUUUUGGUUGUGAUGUCUGUAAGAGCAGAUUCAACCAGAAGUGUCAACUUGAAAAUCACAUGAGAGUACAUUCAGGAGAGAAACCGUUUGUGUGUGAGGUUUGCAGCAAAGCGUUUUCACAACAAGGAAAUCUGAAGAAACACAUGGGUGUUCAUGAGGGCUGUAAUUAAAUAUUUUAACAUUUGACUAGUCU